UUUAGCCUUGAGUGAUUCUGUGAAAUUGGAGGAGAGAUUCUUGCUGCUGCUCUUAAGGGAUUGCUGCUGUUAGGGGAGGGGAAAAAAAAAGCAGAUUUGGAGGUGUGUAUGCAUGUGUGAGCAGUUGCAGAGCGCAUUUCACUGAGGAGUCUGACUACUGAGAAGCACUGAAAGAAGGAAGACAGAGAGAAGAGGAAGCAAGAAUAGGACUGAAGUGCAGAGCAGCUGUUUCCUAAUACUCUAGUUCUUUUGGGUGCCUCAAUAAAUGUGAACAUGGAUUCUGUUACUGAAAUCUUCUUCAAGAUGCUGUUUCUGCUACCUGUUCAUAACUGGAACACAAUAGUGGCAGGAAAUAAAUAUAAUUGUGAUGAUCAGCUGGUGUCUGCCUUGCCUCAGUCUUCAUUCAGCAGUUCAUCAGAGCUGUCUAGCAGUCAUAGUCCUGGCUUUGCAAGGCUUAAUCGAAGAGAUGGAGCUGGUGGUUGGUCUCCUCUUGUGUCCAACAAAUAUCAGUGGCUCCAGAUUGAUCUUGGUGAGAGAACUGAGAUCACUGCAGUUGCUACCCAAGGUGGAUAUGGGAGUUCGGACUGGGUAACAAGCUACCUCCUGAUGUUCAGUGACAGUGGAAGGAACUGGAAACAAUAUCAUCAAGAAGAAAUCAUUUGGGCUUUUUCAGGAAACACAAAUGCAGACAGUGUUGUGCACAAUAAGCUUCAACAUUCCAUCAAAGCAAGAUUUCUCCGUUUUGUCCCCUUGGACUGGAAUCCUAAUGGCAGAAUUGGAAUGCGUAUUGAGGUUUACGGCUGCACAUAUAGGUCUGAGGUGGCUGAUUUUGAUGGGAAAAGUUGCCUGCUCUACAGAUUCAGUCAAAAAUCCAUGACUGCUCUGAAAGAUGUGAUUUCUCUGAAGUUUAAAACAAUGCAAAGCGAUGGGAUUCUACUGCACAGAGGAGGACAGAAUGGAGAUCACAUCACAUUGGAAUUAGUAAAAGGAAAACUUUCUUUAUUCAUUAAUUUAGGUGAUGCUAAAAUUAAUUCUGCUAAUAUUACCCUGGGCAGCCUUUUGGAUGAUCAGCACUGGCAUUCAGUCCUCAUUGAACACUUUAACAAUCAAGUAAACUUUACAGUGGAUAAACACAGUCGUCAUUUUCAUGCAAAGGGGGAACUCAAUUAUUCGGACCUUGAUUAUGAGCUCAGCUUUGGAGGGAUCCCACUACCUGGAAAAUCAGGGUCUUUACCACGCAAGAACUUUUGUGGGUGUUUUGAAAACCUUUAUUACAAUGGAGUAAACAUUAUUGAUUUGGCAAAGAGACGUAAACCUCAGAUCUACAUUAUGGGCAACAUGUCCUUCUCUUGUUCAGAGGCACAGAUGGUUCCUGUCACUUUUCUGAGCUCCAGUAGCUACCUAGCAUUGCCUGGCACAUCCGGACAAGAUGAAGUAUCCAUCAGUUUUCAGUUUCGCACCUGGAACAAGGAGGGACUUUUGUUGUCCACUAAACUACACCAGACUUCAGGUGGUCUCCUCCUUUAUCUGAGUGAUGGGAAAGUUAAAAUGAGCAUCUAUAAACCAGGAAAAGCACAAAGUGACAUCUUUGCAGGUGUGGGAUUAAAUAAUGGCCAGUGGCAUUCAGUUUCCUUGUCUGCCAAACGAAGUCGUAUGAACCUAAUGGUGGACAAUGACGUAACCUCAUCUGCUCAUGCUGCUGUACCUACACAUAUUUAUUCAGGAGACACCUACUACUUUGGAGGUUGUCCUAACAAUGGCAACAGCUCUGAAUGUAAAAGUCCAUGUGCUGGUUUUCAAGGAUGUGUGAGACUUAUUACCAUUGGCAGCAAAGCAGUGGAUCUAAUUUCACUACAGGAAAAUUCCCUUGGUAACUUCAGUAACCUUCAGAUAGACUUGUGUGGUAUUAUAGACAGAUGUUUGCCUAAUUAUUGUGAACAUGGCGGCGAAUGCACACAGGCCUGGAACAGCUUCUACUGCAACUGUACAAAUACAGGUUACAUGGGGGCUACUUGCCAUUCCUCCAUCUAUGAGCAAUCAUGUGAAGCCUAUAAGCAUAUAGGGAACACUUCAGGCUUUUACUAUAUCGAUUCAGAUGGAAGUGGCCCCUUGGGACCCUUUCUUAUAUACUGCAAUAUGACAGAUACGACUUGGACAGUUAUACAGCACAACAAUACGGAUUUAACCAGAGUCAAAAAUGCUAAUCGAGAGAACCCACAUGCUGUGUUCUUCAAAUAUACUGCCACCCUAGAACAGCUUCAGGCUACAAUUAACUACGCAGAACACUGUGAACAGGAGCUUGUUUACCACUGCAAGAAGUCAAGGCUUUUAAAUAAGCGAG